GGCUGUUGAACAAGUGUAUAUAUUAUCAGUUCAGCUAAAUUCAGAACAGAAUCCCUGUGUAAAUUUCAGUUUUUAAUUUUUGAGUCCUCUUAUUUUAACCGAAUUUUAGGUAAAUGUCUUGUUAGUUUUCCAAAAUUUUCAGACCAAAAUGUUUUUAACCAACACGUCUGCAAAACGUCUACAAAUCUCUCCGAAUGGCACGUUAACCUUCACACAAACCAACAAUCGUCAAGAAGUCAUUAUCAGAAAUGUUUCCGAAAAGCCUGUGACCUAUAAGGUGCAGAGCACGGUCUUCGGCAAGUUCAAUAUCCGACCCCGCUGGGGAGUCCUGAGUCCCAACGAGCACUCACGCGUCCUCAUAACCAUGAGCAAAGGUGCCGAGCUCUCGAGGAAGGGCCGCGACAAGAUAGUGGUCGUCUGUAUGCUGUCCCCCAUCAAUGCUGUGGACUUCGAGCUGACCUCCUCCUUCUGGCGCCACAGUAUCUGCUACGAUCCGAGUAUCGAGAAGCACCAGCUCACCUGCCAUCAAAUGGAUGGCUCCGGCGAGGGCGGUGACAGCGGCCCGGUGCAUGGGGAUCUAAGGAUUCGCAGGGGGCUGUACCCCUCGUACUGCAGUUUCCGCACGCCGAGCAAGUACUGGCGCUAGUUUUCGGGUGGGCGUUCUUCCUCCUCCUGGAGUGUCAAUUAUCCCGCCCGACUAUAUCGCCCUAAUGGCUGCAAUGACUAAGUAAUUGGUUGGCAGCCCUACCUUGUCGUUCCGUGUGCCUCUGCCUCUGCCUCCGCCUCGAUGGGCCCAGCAUUGUUGAUGAUGAGCCUUCAUUAAAAACCAAGAGCGUGUCUAUCUGCCUGCCUGCACCCAUGGUAUGUGUGUGCGAUAUCAAGUGGCUGCUCGAAAGAUGCUCAAGGAUCCUGCUAACAUGAAGUGCGUUUACCCUACACAACUGGCUGAUAAAAAGCCGUACAUUGCUUGCACUUGCUCUACCUUUACUGGCAAUUAGGCAAACGUUAGCGAAGGCUUUUGAACUUCGGAUACUCCCAUCGAUUGACAUCCUGACGGGUCAGCCCGGGCAAGUUGCCCGGCAAUUAACCAACCAAUUUUGUAACUCGAAGCGUUAAGCAAUUAAAGGCUCGAAUAAUGUAGAGUGGUAAUGGAAGCCAUAAAAA